AUGUCCACCGAGUGGCUGCGGCGCUUGCGGCGGGGCGGCCCCGCGGAGCGGCCCGGCGGCGCGCAGGGGCCUGGGCCGGGCCCGCCGCCCGCCGCCCUCUGCUACCGCCGGCCUAAGUUCCUGCGUGGCGGCGGCAUCGAGGAGAGCCCGCGGGGCGGGCGGGCCGUGUGGGGCACCGGGCCCGAGCGGCCCCUGCCCUGGGGCGCGGGCUACGCCGAGGUUAUCAAUGCCGAGAAGUCGGAGUUCAACGAGGACCAGGCAGCCUGCUGUCAGAUCUCCAUCCGGAGGAGAGAGCCGGGCCUGGAGGAGGACGAGGAAUGGCUGAUCCUGUGCUCCACGCAGUUUCUGACUGGUUACUACUGGGCACUGUUUGACGGCCACGGUGGCCCAGAAGCUGCCAUCAUCGCCUCCAACUAUCUGCACUACUGCAUCAAGCAGAAGCUGGAGGAGGUUGUGGGAGGCAUCAUAGAGGCCCGUCCCCCCAUGCAUCUCAGCGGACGCUGCGUUUGUGACAGUGACCCCCAGUUCGUGGAGGAGAAGCACAUCCAUGCAGAAGACCUGGUGGUGGGAGCCCUGGAGAACGCCUUCCAGGAAUGCGAUGAAGUCAUCGGCCAGGAGAUGGAAGCUACGAACCAGACGGGAGGCUGCACUGCUCUGGCUGCCCUUUAUUUCCAGGGAAAGCUGUAUGUGGCUAACGCUGGGGACAGCAGGGCGAUUCUUGUUCUGAAGGACAACAUUGUGCCCAUGAGCUGCGAGUUCACACCCGAGACAGAGAGGCAGCGAAUCCAGCACUUGGCUUUUCUUUUCCCCAAGCUCCUGGAUGGUGAGUUCACCCGCUUUGAAUUUCCACGGAGGUUGAAGGGAGAUGACGUGGGCCAGAAAGUCCUGUACCGGGAUUACUUCAUGGAGGGCUGGGGAUACAAGACAGUGGAGAAAGCCGACCUCAAGUAUCCUCUUGUCCAUGGUCACGGGAAGCAGGCUCGCUUGCUGGGGACUCUGGCUGUCUCUCGAGGUCUGGGGGAUCAUCAACUCAAAGUCAUCGACACCAACAUCGAAGUCAAACCUUUCCUCUCCUGCAUUCCCAAGGUGAAUGUAUUUGACUUUGCUCUGCAUGACAUUAAGGAAGACGAUGUCCUCAUCAUGGCAACUGAUGGCCUUUGGGAUGUUCUGUGCAACAGAGAGGUGGCCCAUAUGGUCAGGAGCUUCCUUGCAGAAAACAGGACAGAUCCUCACAGGUUUUCAGAACUGGCCAAGUGCUUGGUAUGCAGAGCAAGGGGAAAGAAGAGAGGCCACCAGUGGAUGCUGGAUGACAGCCACGAGGCAUCCUACGAUGACAUCUCUGUAUUUGUCAUCCCACUACACAACAGGGAUGAGGACUGAAUGUUAGCGUGACAGGCAGGAUCUCUGUGUCCCCCUACUGUGGUGCUAUUCAGCAUCAGCCUGAGGGCUUUCUGCUGUGUGUGUACACUCUCUUCAAGCAAAACCAUCUGCAGUGGAACCUGAAAAUGCCCAGCCAGCACUUACGCAGAUGAUCAACAAGAACAUUAGCUCCUUAAAGAACAUGCAAGAGAGGAACAGUGGGCAACAAAUCAUUCCCCUUACUCCUUUCUCAUUGUUGGGCCAAGGAGAAGUUGCAAAGGGGGCCACGCAAGCUGAAGGGUACUGUUUCCAGGAUCUUUGUGGUACAGUGAGACUCAAAUCCACGUUUCUGGUGACCCCUCUCCCUUUUUAAGAUUGAAGAAUGAGGAUCAGCUGAGAUCCAACCAGUCUCAAGAGCUGGCUUUUAAUCAGACUUGAACUAAGUUCUGUAAAACUGGAUGCAUAAGCUGAAGUCCCCCUCGUAUCCAUUUGCUGUAACGCGAGAUGUACUGAAAACCCGGGAGCUGCUGCGAAGACAGCAUUAGGCACGGCCGUGCCUGCGUAAUGCAAACGCUGAAGCAGUAGCCCAGACCUCUUGAGAAAGUUGCCAUUUGUAGGCAGCACCACCUCAAAACAGACGAUGUUAGCAGAUGAAGCUAAACAUCGGUGUACAGGAGCCUCCUGUGUAAAGACACAUGCCUCACUGUUAUUUGAGAGCAUUUAUUAGUAUGUAAUGCAACGUACAGAUUUCUAACAAAUCUUGGUCCACCACACUUGCUAACACUUUUUCUAUUCAUUCAGGUAAUUUCUGACAGCAAAGCUGGUUUUGUAGCAGUAGCACUGAUGAGAACCGAGGUGUUUAAGUACAUCAGCUGAUUUAGUAGAAGAGCUCCAAGUAAAAUAAAACCAGUUUGUUCAAAUUUGUCUGCAGUGCUGAAUCUCAAGCGCUUACCCUCAUUACAACACUUAACAGCAGCG